AUGUCCCUAGAAGCCCUCGCCCUCUCCCGCUUCGACCAACUAGUAGCAAGCGGCGACCUCCUCUGGCAAGACGUCCCACCCCGCUACCAUCCCUCCACACCCUUCUCCUUUGAAUUCCGCGUGGCAGCCAGUCUAAUUUCCAAACCCCAAGACAAACAACAAAUCCCCACCGCCCCUGUUCCCUCUUCAACAACAGCAACAACAGCAACCAAACAACGCGGAGCCUUUGACGACGAAAACUCUCUCUUCGAAAUCCUCCCCAAUCUCGGACCCCAUCAUCGUUUAAUCCUCAACAAAUUCUCCGUCGUACGCCCCCAAUUCGUCAUUCCCACCAAAAAUUUCGAACCGCAGCAAAAUCCUCUCAAUGCAGAAGAUUUCGCCGCGAUUUGGCAGGUUCUGAUGGACUUGCCCGAGGAAGGCAGCAACAACAACAAGUACAUGGGGAUUUUCAACUGUGGAGUCAACGCAGGUUCAUCCGUCGGACAUAAACAUUUACAAGUCAUCCCUCUCCCCGAGACCAUCCCCGAAGAUGAAAAUUUCCUCGCACUUCUCCUCAAGCAUAUCCACGAGUCCGAGGAAACCCUCCAACCAGAGAACAAGAAGAAUCCUGCCACAGCAGCACAAACACACUUCACCCUCCCCAAAACUCCCUUCAAACACGCAGCCCACCCCCUCAACCCCUCAAAACCCACCUCCCCAGAAACCCUUCUCGAAAUCUGGAAUCACCUCUGCAACAUCACAAACAUCCACCCAGGCACCGCCCACAAUUUACUCCUGACUCGAGAAAUCAUGGUCGCGAUCCCCCGUCCCAAAGCUUGGAUGGGAAGUGGAGCCGGGGAGUUUGCUGCGAAUGCCGCUUGUAUGGCGGGGAUGGUGUGGUGUAAGACUGAAGAGCAAUAUAAUGCUUGGAUGGAAUUUGGGCCUAUGAAGGCGUUGGGGGAGUUUGGUGUUGGUGUGGAUUCAUGA